CGGGGGGGGGGGGAUAGACUGCUAUUCUUGCUACCCAACCUGGCAGAUAUUGACAGCAAUCAACGGUAUGUCGAAAGACCGGGCUGGGCCAACGAUGUGUGUAUGCUUCGCAGUAUUAUUUGGCCUAACGAAAGGUCAUUCAAAACCAUCUCGGGGGGAACACGCCUUCAGAUAUGACUCGACAGAAGUGUUGAGUGAACAUAUUGCUCGGAGAAUGAAGCAGUCGCCCGUGCAGUUAACCAUAGGUGAACUCAUAGAAUUAUUUCAAAGCCAGGCUAUAUUGGGAUUUAAUUGGAAAAUCCAGGAAGCAAUAUCGAGGCUUGACAUGACAGAAGGGCUUGCCGGACAUACGGCUCGGAAAAUCAAGCGAAGGCCUAUUCAGUUAACCAUGGGCGAAGUCCUGGGACUAAUCCAUGGCCGAGCUAACCCACGGGUUAGGACUGUCCAAGAUGACAAGACAGGCAUCCUGUGUGAUCACAUUUGUUAGAGAAUGGGGGAGCCCUUUGAAAUGAAAAUUGGCGAAAUCAUAGAAUUAUGGCAUCGCGGAGCUGUACAAUCUCCUUACUUUGA